AUGCUACCAAUACAAGAGAAGGACUUCACAGCCCAAGAGCGGGCAAACAUUGACGGCGCAGCGAAACCCCGUGCGAGCAAGAAGCGGUAUGCUCACUCAGCCGCCACUGCUUCCUCAAGCAGUGACGCCUCCUCAUUCAGCAUGAAAACUCAUUUCGCGCACUCCAACGCGCCUCCCACAACGAGCUACGGUAUCCUCAGUCAAUGUGAAGGCAAUCAUGACCCAGGCUCGCCAGGCUCUACAGGCAUCGUGCCAGCGGGCAGCAGAUCACCAGCCGACAGCGGUCCCUCCAACAGCCGCGCCGAACGCAGCCCCGAGACCUCAGAGGUGAUCCUGAUGUCGGCACCCGCAGGAGUGCUGCCUUGCGCGGCGACAACAUCUACGGCAACCUUGCUCCUCGCCAACCGAGCGCUACCUACACAUCUCAAGAGAGUCUUGAUGUCGGCACCUGCAGUCCUGCUGUCCUGCGCGGCGACAACGUCCAGAGCGAGCUUGCUCCUCGCCCACUUCACUCCUCGCCCUUCGCCUUUCCAGCUUGGCUCGGCCAUCAAGAUGGGUCUCAAGGUCUUCAGCGUCAGCAUCGGCAAGCUCUCAGGGGUGUUGGGCUGCUAG